AGACACAUUAGCCGGCUCAGUUGGGGGCUGAUUCCCUCUGCUGCGCACACUCUGCCCAAAGGAGAAGCCAUGGCUAAGGGGACAGGGGUCCGUCCGGCCACUCCCAGACGAUGGACCUACUCCUUUGCAGCCGUCUCACUGCUAUGCCUGGCUGUCCAAGCAGUCCAGAAGGCAGACCUCACUGGGGACUCUACGGUGGCUACCAUCAACCACUCCAUGUCAUUGCUGCAGCGACUACAGGAGCUCCUACACAAUGGGAAUGCCAGUGACACCACCUUGCGGGUGCGCACUUCUGGUUCCGAUGAAAUCAAAGUCUUUCACACCCACCAGUUGAUGCUCAGCUUGCAAAGUGAGAUCUUUGAGAGCCUCUUGCACAACCAAACAAUUCUCACCUUGCACGAGCCUCCAGACAGUGCGGCCCUUUUUGAAAAGUUCAUCAGGUAUCUAUACUGUGGUGAGAUCUCCAUACUCCUUCAUCAAGCCAUUCCGCUUCACCGACUAGCCAGCAAAUACCGUGUCUCCAGCUUGCAGCGAGGAGUGUCUGAGUAUAUGAAAAGCCGCCUGGCCAGUGACUCCAACCAGGGCCAUGUAGUGGGCUGGUACCACUAUGCAGUGAGAAUUGGUGAUGAAGCUCUGCAGGAAAGCUGCCUCCAGUUCCUGGCCUGGAAUCUCUCCGCAGUGAUGGGCAGUGCAGAGUGGGCCUCCGUCAGCAUAGAUCUGCUGCUUCUCUUGCUGGAACGGUCCGACUUGGUUCUGCAGAGUGAACUGGAGCUCUACACAGCUGUGGAGGAGUGGAUUGCCACCCACAAGCCUGAAGAUCCUGUAGUAGAGAAGAUGCUGAGAUCCCUGCGCUAUCCCAUGAUCUCCCCUAGCCACCUUUUCCACUUGCAGAAGCAGUCUCUAGUGAUGAUGAAGCACUACAAUGUCGUCCAAGACCUCCUCUUCCAAGCCUUCCAGUUCCACUCUGCUUCCCCAAUCCACUUUGCCAAAUACUUUGAUGUCAACUGCAGUAUGUUCCUGCCCCGCAACUACCUCUCCACUGCCUGGGGCUCCCCAUGGGUCAUCAACAACCCAGCCCGAGAUGACCGAAGUACCAGUUUCCAGACCCAGUUGGGACCUAGCAACCAUGACUCUGCCAAGCGGGUGACUUGGAAUGUCCUGUUUUCUCCCCGCUGGCUCCCCGUCAGCCUGCGUCCUGUUUACUCAGACUCCGUCUCUGGGGCCAUCCAGUCCAUCAGGAUUGAAGAUGGCCGCCCCCGCCUGGUGAUCACUCCAGCCACAACGAGCUCUGACUUUGCUGGUGUCAGUUUCCAGAAGACCAUUUUGGUGGGUGUGAGGCAGCAGGGAAAAGUCUUUAUCAAACACGCCUACAGCUUCCACCAGAGCACCGACGAAGUGGCUGAUUUCCUAGUACAUGCCGAUCUGCAGAAGCGCACUUCUGAAUACCUCAUUGACAACUCUCUGCAUCUGCAUAUCAUUGUUAAGCCAGUUUACCACUCACUGAUCAAGAUUAAAAAGUAGGAGAGUUGUGGGGGCAAGGGGAACAGCAGAACAAAAUGGGGUGGGGGUGGGAUUAGCAUUUUGUACUGAACAACAAUGGUUUCACCACGAAGUUCCAAAAACAACUGACACUGGUUAUUCAAUAUGACAUCUGUGUAUACCAGAGCAGCCUCUUAGGAAAAGCCUGGGUGUUUUUUGCACAAAAACAACUUUUUCACUUGCAAAUGUGGUGAUUAUUUUUAAUAGAUGGGGGAUUAAAACUCUUAAGAUCAUGGGAUAUGGUGGAGACUUUUAACUCUGUUUCUACUUAUGUUUAGCUCCUUACUGUCUUCUUUAAAGGACUUGGGCAGGAUGAGGGAACUUCAGCGGUGUCCGAAAUCAGGAUAGUCUCAAAAAUAACUCAUUAGAAAGUCCUUAGUGUCCCAACAUCUUUAGAAUCUGCUUUAAGCAUUCCAUGUCCUGUAGUCCCAUAGGAUUAUUGGAAAUUGAUAGAUGUGGGCAAAGUAAACAAUGACAAGUAGAAAAGGUUCCCUGGUAUAUUAUGAAAGUUAAUUUUGUAUAAUUACUCAGGUUAGUUGAUACAUCCAGAUUUUUCAGCCUUUUCCAAGACAACUCUAGGACAUUACGUACCAACUUCAGAGGAAAUCUUCAAAGGAAAUAACCUGGUGUAUGUGAAUGGAAUAGCUUCUCUUUAUCAGUGGAAUCCGUUUUUUCCUACAAAAAUUUCAGAUGGACCCAACAGUUCUUAAGUGCUAAAAAUGACAUUACUGCCUUUGGUCUCUACCCACUCUUGCAUGUUGCCAUACAGGUUCUGCCAACUUUUGAAAAUUUAAAGUAUAAAAUAAAUGAAAGUUUAAAAAUAUCUACAGAACCUUUUUAUCAGGGAAAAAAAUAAUAGUGAACAGAUGUAGCAUAGGGAAUGCUGUCUCAUCAGUUGUAAUAUUAUAAAAAUGUCUUCUUCUAGAGGUUGUCUCUCAUCAUUAGAAAUCUUGUAGAUCUUGUUUGUAUUCUAACUAUACUUCCCAAUGGAUCGACAAAGUCUUAAUAUCAAGGAUAAAAUAAUAACUGGAAGAGAAAAAUGAAACCAGACUCUAUAGCAGUGGUUGCAACCUCAGUUGAGAUUGGAGGAGAGGAUGACCACUAUCCACACAGGUCGCAGACUACAGGGUAGGUAGAAAUACGGGAUUUGUACUGUUCCCUACAAGUACUGUCCUCAGCCUCUUGAACAGAACCUCAGCAGAUACAAAUUUCUGAAUAAAAACAAGGAAAUACA